AUGUGCAUAGACUUUAUUGGGCUUAAAAAAACGCGCCAAGGGAGAGGGAGAGAGGAAGGUGAAGCGACGAACAAAGAAGUGAUUCCCUCCGAUCUCGAACCUAAGCGCAAGCAAGACAGCAGUUACAGUUACAGACAAGCUUGUGCUUCAUCUAAAGACUCAAACGCUGGAGGUUCUACUAGUACUAGGCUAAGCCUUGAACUCUUUCAAAAUGAUACUCAGCGAUCAGGAAGUAAGGAUGAGAAAUCUACUAAAGAAGCUGUUACUCGUGGAAUGGAUGAACAACCGGUUUCUUCUGUCGAUGAUGAUGUGUCAGAGGAGCUUCAGCUAGAGCUUGGCCACAAGAAAAUGGGUUCCGAGACUCUUGAGAAGUGGUUUGCAAGAUCAAAGUAG